AUGACAACUGACGACAACGAGGAGUCCGGGUCCUCGUGGAACUCACUCUUCCUCCCCCUCGAGGAGGAAGUCAUCUUCGCAUCCUUCAUCACUCUCUUCUGCCCGACGCAGCCUUCGCAGGGGCGUGAGCAGCAGGAGCGAGAGCCGCAGCAUCAGCAACGCCGAGUUUCCACCGUGGACGAGGCCGACCAGUACUCCGCCGCCGAGGGGGAGAAUUUACCGCGUAACGCUACGGGUGAGGACACGCGGUCACCGCUCUUUCUUCUCUGCGGAGAGCGCGCUGACUCUGUGGCGUGUGUGCUGCGAAACCGUCAGGUCGUGUUCUUUGACAUGACGGAUGAGCGACAUGGCCCCAAGGAGGUGCGCCGUCUGCGCGGGACAAAAAAUCUGCGCGGCUGCAGCUCCUCCGAGGCGACGUGUGCCUCGCUGAUUCCCAUUGAGGUGGCAUACAUGUGCCGUGUGCCGGCUGCGGCGAUGCCGCCCGCUACUCCGUCCCCUGAUGCUGCUGGGGGUGGUGGUGGUGGUGGUGUGGCUGGACCGUCCAACAGUCUCGCGGUGGACAUGACGGUGCUGCAGACCUCCUCGGAUCGUGUCAUGUAUCUCCGCGGCGUUGUGGGCUCGAACGACGGUCGCGUCGACGUCUUCUCGGAGCACAACUAUGUGUUUGGUUUUGUUGCCCACGACACGCCGGUGGUGGCGGUCAGCGCCAUCUACAGCGGCUGCGCCUCGCAGGAGGGCGACAGGGACGGGGCCCGCUUGAAUAAUGGCGGGGACGGCGGCGUUGUGCUCCCACCAUUCGGAAACGACGACGAGCGCCGCUUCGAGAAUGCGACGGCGAACAUGGGCUUCGUCACAUGCGGCAGCGACGGUGUCCUGUACGUGUGGAAGCGGCAGGGCCUCUACCUCAAACCGAGGGUUCUAGAAAAGAGCGCAUUCUUCUCGCGGACAAUCAAGUGGCAGGUGGUGCAGCCGUCAUGCCGCGACUGGCUGCUGGGCGGCAUGUGCACUGGGCGGGUGCCGCUGGUGGUGCACACGACACCGGGCCUCGAGCACGAGCUGCGCGCACGCAGCAGCGUCACCUUCGACGACGCAGAGCCGCGCGUGGAGCU